AUGGAUUUAGAGAUGCUUAUUGAGUUGGUUAGAGAAAGAAAAUGUUUGUAUAAUAUGAGUGAAAAAAAUUAUAGUGACCACCAGCUAAAAGAAAAUUUAUGGAGAGAAAUUGCAAGCACAUUAAAACAACCAGUUGAAAACUGUAAAAAAUCAUGGACAAACCUAAGGGACGCAUUUAGACGGGCUGCUAAAAAAUCAGUUACCAAGUCUGGACAAAAAUCCAAAAAUAUUAAAAAAAUGGAAAUUUGA